CGCCUGGUCGUCGAUGGAGCAGCAGAAGAUCGAAGUCGACGUACAGACUCGAUUGGGCAAUCGCGCAUGGACCUUUCUUGGCGAGAGAGGUCCUUGCCUUCCUGUCCUGUAUCUGAUGGCUCUAGAGCGACACUUUCUUUCCAUCUCCGCCACAACACCCUCUCCUCCAUCUCCCCUCACACGGCCCUGAUACAAAUCGGCCUCACACAUUGUAUUAGCGCAUCUGCAUACCGUUCUCACGCCGUGCGCAGCCCUCCUUUCGCUCCCCAGAACACCCGAAGCCGCAUUCCAGAAAGUUUAGUACCACGAGUCCAUAUGGCACAACCACCAUCGCAGCCACGCGCCUACUCGCAAGCAUACCUACCCAACGGCGCGCCGCAACCCAGUGGACCAGUCCCGGGAGCUCGUCCACUCGAUCCAAACCAGGGUCGCGUGCAGCAAAUUGGCCAUGCGCGCGUACUCUGUAUAGCAGACGUCAGAGGCAACCUUCGCCAACUGAAUGAUCUCGCGCGCAAUGCGAAGGCCCACUACAUUAUCCACACUGGCGACUUCGGUUUCUACGACGACUCGUCUCUCGACCGUAUCGCAGAGAAGACUCUCAAGCAUGUCGCCCAAUACUCACCCCUUCUCUCCGAGCCUAUCAAGGCAGACAUUGCUCGUGCAUCGCCACAGCAAUCCGUGAAGGAGCGUUUCCAGCGCGAACAGCUUCCUCUCUCCGAGCUCCCGCAAUUCCUCAACAACACCUACCGCCUCGACGUCCCCGUGUUCACAGUUUGGGGUGCAUGCGAAGAUGUGCAGGUGCUGGAAAAGCUGCGGUCGGGAGAAUACAAGAUUAACAACCUCAACGUGAUCGACGAGUCACACUCGAGACUGCUUGAUGUCGGUGGGGUCAAGCUGCGUCUCCUUGGUCUAGGAGGCGCCGUAGUCAUGCACAAGCUAUUCGACAAUGGUGAAGGCCGGACGACCAUUGCUGGAGGUCAGGGCACCAUGUGGACUACGCUGCUGCAGAUGGGCGAGCUCAUCGACACUGCCAACCGAGUGUAUGACCCCACCGAGACAAGAAUACUGGUUACACACGCAUCACCCGCUCGUGAAGGUCUGCUCAACCAGCUUUCCGUCACACUGAAAGCAGACUUCUCGAUAUCUGCCGGUCUUCACUUCCGAUACGGCAGCUCAUACAACGAGUUCUCCGUCAACCCGUCCCUGGACCAUUACCGCGGGAAAUUAUCUGCAUCGAAGGCUUCCUUCACUGAUGUCUGGGAAACGGUUAAGCAUGAGGUUGAACCAGCUGUACUCGAGAAUGAGUCGCAAAAUAAGCUUCUCCAGCUGGCCCUCGAGCUGGUUGGCAAGAUGCCGAGUGUGGCCAGCGGCGGCAAUCCCUUCGGCGGUGGUCCACCAGGUGGCGCCGUGGACGAGUCUGCCUUCAAGAACAUGUGGAACUUCAACUUGGCAGAUGCAGCAUUUGGUUGGCUGCUACUGGACAUCGACCAAGGUCGCAUUGGCACCGAGAUGCGCGCUCAGGGCUUUAACUUCUCGCAUCGAUCGGGCAAGCAACAGCGACCACAAGGUGGCGCUCCAGCACCAGUCAAUGCUUCAAUGGCUCCCACAGGUGGCAGCCUGCCAACUCCUGGCCAGCAGCCACCACCACUAGCUCAGCAGCAGACGCGCCUUCCACAACAAGGCCCUCCUCAGUCCCAACAGCAGACUCCACUACCACCACAUCAGCGAGCUCACCAGCCGCUAGCGCCGCAGCCUACGCAAUCGCCAGCUGCAGCACCAAAAGCAGUCACCCCACAGGCACCCACGAAUGGAACUUCUGCUCCUGCCACGAAUGUGCCGCACACGAACGGCACCGCUGCUGCUGAAACAUCAAAGCCAGAUACACCAGUGCAGCCGAAGCAGGCUAGCUCCCAGCAGCCACUGUUCUUGCCAGAGGAUGCAGAAAAGAUUACAAGCAUCGACAAAGCAGGUCAGGGACGAUGGGUUGCUCACUUCGCCUCUCCAGAGAUUAUGCAAGAAGUGUUGAAGCGCAACCCAGCCAAGGAAGUGCAAGACAAGAACAAGGCAUUGCGCAUGGCCCCCUACCGACCACAUCCCCGCGGCAACUUUGGCGGUGGCUGGGGCAGUAGCCGGGGAGGCCCGAGCCAGCGUGGAGGCGGCGAGGGCAGAGCCGGCUAUCAGUCUGCAGGAGGCGCCACUACUGGCAGUGACAGUGAGUCUGGCCGUGGUGGCCGUGGUGGUCGCGGUCGUGGAGGUUUCCGCGGAGAUCGUGGAGGCCGUGGCCGAGGCCGUGGCGGCGAGCGCGGCGGCAAGGCUGAAGGGGCAGCUGGCGGCGACUCUUAGAUGGAACCGACCACGCCUGCUGAUGAUGGCUCCAAGCCCAGUCGUAGCGACAGCCCGAUGUGCAAGACCAACGACUCGGUAAAGCCAGAAAUCAAUGGCUCCAAAGGAGCAACCAAGCAACAUCGCCAACCCUAUUGGAAGCGGUACAAAUCGAACAAGAAGACAGCCGUUGGAGGCAGCAACAAGUGAAGCGGCGUGAACUUAGCUCGCAGACCGUCGCACGAGCCACCAAGCGGGCAACCUCUGUAAAGCUCUUGCUAUUUCUGGAGAAUGGGACGAUGGCGCUGCCGGAACGCAGCAUUGUUGUGCUUUGAUAUACCACCCAGCCUACUUGCAUUUUACUAGCGGGCAAGCGAAGUUAGUUCUCUUUUGUAAAAGUAGUAGGUGCAACAGAGCGCGAAUGGAAGGCAAGGCGGCGAUGGAAAGGUAGAGCUAUGGCACACGCGGCCAUGCUGCGCAGUGUGUAUGCCGGAUCAAAUCAAACUUGAUACCCCCAAAA